AUGAGUGCAGCUUAUAACUUUAAGUAAAUCUAAAAGAUCCCCGACGCCAAUGAGUUGAUUGAUAUCACACUUUCUAAGACUCAAAGAAAGACUCCUACUGAGAUUCACGCUAACUUCAAGAUUUCUAGAAUCAGAAAAUUCUACAUGAGAAAGAUCAAGUAUAUGCAGGAGGCCGUAAAUGAAAAACUCACAGGCAUUGUUGAUGGAUUCCCAAAGCUUAAUGAUAUUCACCCCUUCUACGCAGAUCUUAUGAAUAUUCUCUAUGAUAAGGAUCAUUACAAGUUGGCUCUCGGUCACGUCAACAAAGCUAAAUCAAUUGUGGACAAUGUUGCCAAUGAUUAUGUUAGAUUAUUGAAGUAUGCAGAUAGUUUAUAUAGAGCUAAACAACUCAAGAGAGCUGCUCUAGGUAGACAAUGCACCUUGAUGAAGAAGCUGAAAUCCUCCUUAAGCUAUCUUGAGGAAGUUAGAAAGCAUUUGGCCAGAUUACCUUAGAUUGAUCCAAACCAAAGAACCUUGAUUGUGACUGGUUACCCGAAUGUCGGUAAGUCCAGUUUCAUGAAUAAUGUCACUGAUGCUAAUGUUGAUGUUCAACCUUACGCCUUCACAACUCAAUCUUUAUAUGUCGGUCACACUGAUUACAAGUAUGCUAGAUGGCAGGUAAUUGAUACCCCAGGUAUCCUUGAUCACCCACUUGAUGAGAGAAACACAAUUGAAAUGCAAUCUAUCACUGCUCUUGCUCAUUUAAACGCUUGUAUUCUCUACUUUAUCGAUAUAUCAGAAACUUGCGGAUAUACUAUUGAGUAGCAAAUCUCACUUUUCAAGAACAUCAAGCCUCUAUUCUAAUCAAAGCCAUUAGUGAUUGUACUAACAAAGAUUGAUUUGGUUAAGUAUGGUGAGUUGGACAAGCAGACCAAAGACAUGAUUGAGAAGCUAGCUAAGGAGCACAACGCUUACCUUAUCUAAAUGAGUAAUUAAAGUGGAGACGGUAUUAGUGAUGUCAAGCAAAAAGCUUGCGACAUUCUUCUAGAUUAUAGACUCACAUAGAAAGCUAAGGACCCUAAGAAGACUGAAGCUCUUAUGAAUAGAUUGCAUAUCACUCAGCCAAAGAAGAGAGAUAACAUUGAUAGACCAGCCAUUAUUCCUGACACAGUUAAAUAGGGAUUGAAAAAGACAGGCCCAACAAUUAAGGACCUCUAAGAAGAAUUUGGUGGUGCUGGAAAUUUCUACAUUCCAGUUGAAGAGCAUUAUCAACUUGAAGAUGAGGAAUGGAAAUUCGAUAGAUGGCCUGAGUUUUACUUGGGCAAGAAUGUAAUGGACUACUACGAUCCAGACAUAGAAGAAAAGCUCUAGAAACUUGAGGAAGAAGAAGAUAAAUUAUUGAAGAUGGAGUCAAAUGAAAACGAUCUUAUGGAGGAUGAAGAGAACUCUGACGGAAUCACUUAUGAUGAUCUCAAGAAAGCUCUCAAGGAAGUUAGAGGCAAGAAAGCCAUUUUUAAAUUGAAUCACAAAUUGAAGAAAAAUCUCAGAGCCAGAUCUAAGAACAAGAAGCUCUCAGAUUUGGAAGAGCAUCUUGAGAAGAAAGGUAUCCAAGUCAAUAAAGAGUCACUUAGAUAGAGAGUUAAGCAGAGAAAAUCAAUUGGUGAUUUAGAGGGCAAUUAAGACAAAUUGUUCAACAAAGCACUAGACAGUGAUGGCAGUGAAGACGAUAUGAUGGAUGUUGAUGAUGACAAAAGAGUUGGUCGUAAAAGAAAGAGAUCAAUGUCAAUGUCAGAUGAUUAUGAUGAAGUAGAUCAGGUUUCAGGCAGAGGAAAGUCAACCAAAUAAUCAUCAGGCAAAAAGAUGCGCUCCCUCACUCCAGCAUAACUUAAGAUCACUGCUUCUUCCAAAGUCAGAUCUAUGUCUAAGGCAAGAAGAGAAGGUUCAGUCCCACAACCCCAUCCAACCAGAGUGGUUCCAGAAGAGCAAAUCAGGCUGGCCAAGAAAAUCAAUAAAAGAUUUAAGCAUACCCUAAAUAUCAACGAGGCAGAUAGACAUAUCCCCAUAAAGAAGCCCAAGCAUCUAUACACUGGCAAGAGAAGCAAUGGAAAGACAGAUAGAAGAUGA